AUGGUGAAACAGCAACAACAAAAAUCAAACAACAAAAUUUUCGUUUACAAAACUCUCUUUGGAUAUCUUGGCAUAAAGCGUACGGAAGCCAAUGUCAUGGAGUUUCAUUUUUCAACGCGUCUUUCCUCAACGCGUCGCUCUUCAACGCGUCACUUCUCAACAGGUUGCUCCUCAACGCGUCGCUCCUCAACGCGUCGCUCCUCAACGCGUCGUUCCUCAACGCAUCGCUCCUCAAUGCGUAGCUCCUCAAUGCGUAGCUCCUCAACGCGUCGCUCCUUAACAAGUCGCUCCUUAUCGCGUCGCACCUUCACACGUCGCUUUUUAACGCGUCGCACCUUAACACGUCGCUUUUUAACGCGUCUCUCCUCAACACGUCGCUUUUUAACUCGUCGCUCCUCAACGCGCCGCUACUCACGCGUCGUUUCUCAACACGUCGCUCCUCAACGCGUCGCUCCUCAACACGUCGCUCCUCAACGCAUCGCACCUUAA